AUGUCGAAAAACUUGAUGGUUUUUGGGCUUACCUUGAUGGUGGUAUGUGCAUGUUUUGCACCAAUUGUUGCUGGGGAUGAACCUCCUACUAUUGGCUAUGGAGCUAUAGGAAAAGGUGGCAUUCCUGGAUGCAGUCCAAAAAAUCCCAACGCAAAGGCAUGUAACAAUGUACCUGCGAAUCCAUAUGAUAGAGGUUGUGAAAAGGAGAAUCGCUGUCGAAAUGGGAGAAAGUUACUCGGAGAAGACACAAAAAACCCAAAUUCACCCACACUGCAACAGCGUGUGUUAAGGCGAACCAGAGAAAUAAUUGAAUGGUGCGUUAUUAUAGGCAAAGCUUAUGUAUAA